UUCCUCAUGUUCAUACCAUAUCCAAAUAGACAGUUAUAUAUCUUCUUCCUUGCAAACCCCUUUAUUAAUCAAGCUCCAAAUUGCACCAAAAACUAUGUCUCUUCCAUAUAUUGCCACGAAAAACAUCGACAACCGCUGCCCUAGAAUGAAGGACAAGAAGGUGGGGGUGCCAUACACUGAAUUGCAGUUUAGAACAAAGGUCAGGAAGCUGGUGGAGGUGCCAUACACUGAACUUCAGUUGAAAUGUAUGUUUAAACGUUUUGACAAAGACAACGAUGGGUAUCUAAGCAGGAAAGAGCUUACAAAUGCCUUCUCUAGCUUUGGUUCGUCCGUCCCUCUCUGGCGAGCUCUUCAAGCACUUUGGCAGGCUGACAGUAAUGGAGAUGGUCGCAUCAGCGAGGCCGAGUUGGAAAAUCUUGUGACAUAUGCUUUGAAACAAUGUUAUACCAUUAAGUAAACCUUGUUGUACUUAAAAUUAUCAACUGUUAAUCUUAUAUGUUUAUACUCGCAUAGAAGGAAUCAUGUUUCCAAUGUAAUAGAUUGAUAUCGCUUAAGUUAUGACGAUAUAGACAUGUGAUACAUGAUGUCAUGUAUAUACAAUCCAUAUCAUUUAUAUAAACUCAAAACUUUGUU